UCUUUUUGCCCUCCUUACUCUCUCCCUCUCUCAUUUGCUCUCACACACACACAUGCACACUUUUUUUGGAGGGGAAAAUGAAUUCUUGGGGGAGUGGGUAUAAAGGGUCUUGCAUGUCUCUGGACCUCAGAGUUGGUAGUAGUCACCAGGGCUUUUUCGGACAGAGCGGCAGGGAAGUCUCGGGCUAGAGAGCAAGACAGGGAGAGAUGUACCGACUACUCGCGGCAUGGCUGUGUGUUUGUGCAGCUGUCUCGGUGACAGAGGCCAAGCCACACCGGAGGAAAGGAGCACAGCCAAAACAAGGCAAGGAUGCACGACUCGAUGAACCAGAGUAUGAUGGACCUUUCCUACCUGAGCGUGGUAGCCAGUGCCUGGUGAAUGGAAUCUCUCUGUUUGAGGGUGCGGUGUGGUCACCAGAGCCGUGUAACGUGUGCCAGUGCCGCAGUGGUGCCGUGAGCUGCCGCGCCGUGCCUUGCCCCAAAGCAGCAAAAGAUGGUCAACGACCAGGGCCGCAGGGAGAAAAGAAGUCGGGCCCACGUUCAGAGAACAAUGUGGAGGCCCCGCCAAAGAAGAAGGAGAAGGAGAAGGAGAAGGAGAAGGAGAAGGAGAAGGAGAAAGAGAAGGCCCCUCAGCGGCCGGCCGCCAAGAGCAAGAAGGACAACAGAAAAGCAGUGCCUGAAGCCCCACCCAAAAGAAAGGAGACAGCAGUGGCCCCUGUCAAAGUUGUGGAGAAACCGCCCCCGAAGAGGAAGGCCGUGGUGGUGCCGGUGCCCGUUACACCAGAAGCGGCGGACAGAGUCAGGAGGCCCCCGGUGCGGGGCACAGAGGGUAACACAGGUGCAAAGCUAGCCCUGAGUCCGCCUGCCAACACAAAUACGCAGCAUGCGCAGAGACAGCCCUUUCAUGAUCAUGAUGAUGAUGAUGAUGACGAUGAUGAUUACUACGACUACGCAGAUGACGAUGACGACGACGAUGAUGACAGCUCAAGGAUGCGGCCUGCCGCCCUCCCGCUGGACCCACCGGCGGCAGCGGCGCUGCCCCCCAACGCCAGGGUACCUGUGGUGCCAUUCUCAUCACGGAGACCAGCUGCCCCGCCUACCCGCCGCCCCGUGGCCACGCCCGCCGGCAGACCAGUGGUGACGUUCAACAGCCGUCCCUCGGUCCCUCAUGCCCAGAGGAACAACUACAUGGAGUCGCUGCCCUCUGGAUGCCUGCUGUCAGACACCCUCAUCGCCUGUGGCAGCACGGGCAUGAGCCACCUGCCCGUCAUCACAGACCUGGGGGUCAGAGCCCUCUACCUGGCAGAUAACAAAAUCAGCAAGAUUCCCCCAAGGGCACUGGCUGGACUCCCUAACCUGGAGUGGUUGGACUUGAGUAAGAACAAGCUGGAUGACUCCUCUUUCAGUCCUCUUUUUUUCCAGAAUCUGACAAGGUUGAGGAGGCUGAAUCUGGAUGGGAAUAACCUUACAAAGGUGCCUGCACUGCCCUCCUCUCUCGUGGAGCUCAAGAUUAAUGACAACAGCCUAAGUGCUCUCACUCCCAACACCUUCAAGGGGCUGUUCAAGCUGCUCACCCUGGAGCUGGAGGACAAUCACUUCCAUGACGGGAACGUCUCCCCGCUGACCUUCCGACCCCUGAGGAAGCUCAUCUACCUGAGGCUGGAUGACAACAGGUUCAGAGGCAUCCCAUCCGGACUGCCCACUUCACUACAGGAGCUACACUUGUCAGAUAACCGGAUAGAGGUGGUGCAGUCUGGAGUUCUCAACAAGACUAUCAACCUCCGAAUUCUGAACCUCAGCCACAACAAAAUUCGGGAGGAUCGAAUCUCUCCACGAGCAUGGAUUCACCUUUCGAAACUGGACACCCUGGACCUAUCCCAUAAUAAGCUGGUGCACGUGCCGUCCUUCCUGCCGUCGGCGCUGCGCCAGCUCACGCUGCACCACAACCACAUCGAGCGCAUACCGGGCUACGUCUUCGGCCACAUGCGGCCGGGCCUGGACUCGCUGCACCUGUCCUACAACCGGCUGCGCGAGGACGGCGUGGACGAGGUGUCCUUCCUGGGCCUGUACGGCUCGCUCACCGAGCUGCUGCUCGACCACAACCGGCUGGGCUCCGUGCCCAGGGGCAUCCUGCAGCUCAAGGCCCUGCAGCAGCUACGCCUCAACAACAACUUCAUCAGUGACGUCGCUGUGAACUCCAUCUGUGACAUGCGUGCCGUUGAGGACUCCCCCCUGCUGUCUGUGCACCUGGAGAACAACCUGAUCGACCGCCGCCUCAUCCCCCCCACCGCCUUCUCCUGCAUCAAGAACUACCAGAGCGUCAUCCUGCGCCCCCAGAACUAUGAAGAUAUCUACGAGUAGCCUUCAUGCUCGUUAAGGCAUGAUCAUGAAGCACAUAAACACGCAAUCUCUCUCUCUCUCGCUGUCUCUCUCUCUUUCCUUCACUCGCUCUCUCUCUCUCGCUCUCUCUCUCUCUU